AUGGGAAAUCAACCCACGAAGCACACCACCGGCGGAAAGCCCAAAAAGGCCGUCCACUGGAAGUCCGCAGAACCACCUGCACCUCCCGGUAAGCCAGCUCUCGUGCCAGGCUCACCCUCAUCAGCACCCGACAUCGUCACCAUCCGCUGGAGUCGCCCAACAUCCGAUGGCGGUUCUCCGAUCCUCGGGUACGUGGUGGAACAACGUCGAACCGGCUCACCACACUGGAUCCUCGCUCAUCCGUCGCUCGUCCUGCAAACCGAGCUGUCCCUAAGCGGGCUGGAACCAGGUUGGCGCUACCAAUUCCGCGUAAUGGCCGAAAACGUAGUCGGGCGGUCCGACAGCAGCGAGCUCUCAGAUCCGCUCACCGUGACACUGCAACGAAACGCCAUCUCCGCGCCACGGUUCGUACACGAGCUGCGUGAUUCAGUCGCGGUUGAGAACGAGAAGAUUGAGUUCCGGGUGCAGGUGGCUGGUACGCCUGCGCCACAGAUCAGCUGGUUUAAGGACGGGUUCGAGAUCUACAGCAGCCGCCGGGCGCGCAUCGUCACCGAGGCGGACGUUAGUGUGCUAGUCAUCCACCAGGUGGCGCUGACGGAUGAGGGCGAGAUCAAGUGUACGGCGACGAACCGCGCGGGCCACACGGUGACACGUUGUCACCUGACGAUCGACGCCUAUCCCAAGAUACGUCUGCCUCGGCAGUAUGAGGACGGGUUGAUCAUCGAAGCGGAGGAGGUCGUUCGUAUGAAGGUUGGCUUAGCAGGACGUCCACCACCGUACGUCGAGUGGAGCCACAAUGGGGAGCCUUUGACGGCGGAUGGUCGGCAUGAGAUCACCACAACGGACAAAAACUCCACGCUCAAGAUCUCGAGCAGCCGACGAGCGGAUCGAGGCGAGUACCACAUCCGGGCGCUCAAUAAACUGGGCGAAGAUAACGCGUUCUUCCUGGUGACGGUGACUGCUAGACCUGAACCUCCUGGUCGAGUGACGGUUGCCAUCUCGUACGGGAAAACCGCCACACUAAGUUGGUCCGCACCUGACGAUGAUGGAGGCUGCAAGAUUGGGAACUAUAUCGUCGAGUACUACCGGGUCGGGUGGGAUGUUUGGUUGAAGGCAGCAACCUGUCGGCAGUUGACCACCACGCUGAGCGACCUGAUUGAAGGUUCACAAUACCGGUUCCGUGUGAAGGCCGAAAACCCGUACGGGUUGAGCGAUCCAAGCGAAGAAUCUGACGUCCUCUUUGUGCCUGAUCCCAAGCGCGGUAUAACGGACGCGUCUAAGAUGCAGGCUCAACCAGCGACUUUGCCUCGGAAGCGACGUGAUCAAUCUCAGUCUCCACUGCGGGACUCCAAACCAAAGAAAGCGUUCACUCCGGAACCGUACGGUCGGGACGAUAUCAUGCGUGAGAUGUCAUACGGAACGCCACUAGACCGCGGCGUUGGACAGGGCUACACCGGUGGGUCUUCGCCUGUGCCGGCGUUGGUCAUCACCGAACCAGCACCGCUAGCUGAACCGGAAUCGGAAACUGAGUCAAUCGAACCUACUGCUGCGUCUGCAGCCAUUUCGCCCCUGAUGGCGAUGCAGAAGUUCUCCAAAGAACCCAGCCCACUCUCGCUGAAGCUAUCGGAGCGGGAUUUCUCCUCGAAUGGGUACAACUCUGAUGCGAUGGGAUCUGGAUCGAUGAUCGGUACGGACGAUGAUCAGGCCAAGCUGAAAUCGGGCCCCAAGACGACAGGCAUCCACAACAGCUCGGAGUUCAUGUUGGUCCUCUACAACGAGCAAGAAGCGAAGAAAUCGACUCAUAAUUCUACCUUCGACUUUGAAUUGGACGAACUGGUGGCACCACCGCCACCUUUAUCUUUAUCCGCACCCGAGCUCAACGUGGAACCACCUCCACCACCGGUCUUACGUGCCGGCGUUAGCUCAACGGAGCUUCUGUACGAGCGAGCGAUGGCUCGUUUCUACCAGGCCGUAGCAUACGAGGAAUCUGAAAACCAACGCAAGGAAGCUGAGCAAGAACAAACGCUUCGACGUCGUCAGGCGGCAGCUCAGGAACAAUCGCUAGAGGACAAAAGCACCAGCAACAUCACAGGAACGGUUGAAAGCCGCAACCGGUUGGCCGAUCGUCGAAGCAGUCUGCGUAAACGGCUCUCUGGCGAUAAGGACUCGAUCGUGAAGCAGUCCAGCUUCGAGCAGGAUCCAACUCUGCCACAACCGCACCAGCAGCAGCAGCAGCAGCAACAGCAGCAGCUUUCACAUUCCACUCUCGUCGAGGAAACGAUUGUCGAAGAACCGUUGGCACGCGUGCAGGAGGAGGAUACGUUCAUCUCGAUCCCAGCGCACUCCGAGGGCGAGGAAUCUAUCUCAUCCUCGAUGAGCUCCAUGAUUGAGGAGUUGAAGCGGCGCGAUCAGCAACAGAAGCUCCUCGAGCAACAGGUACUAGCGCAAGCGAAGAGACGUGGAUUUAUGGACGAUGAUGAAACGGAUGAAGAACCUUAUCACCCGGGAGUUGAGCGAAUGCGAUCGCCAUAUCGCAAUCCCGAUCCAAGUCAGGCGAUCGAAGUGCUGACGAGACCGAUGCCACUGCCUGAUCCAAACUUUGUGCCCAAGCCUAUCCUGAAGCGUCCUUCGACUGAGGUGCUGGCAAAGGAUGAUCAAAUGAGCAAGAAGCAGUCGAGCAACACGCAGCUAAGUGUGGCUUCGAUGGCGAAACAACCCACACCUGAACGUGAGAAGUCUCCUGCGAAGUCGCCAGCAGUCUCGCAAGCACCGCAAGUGGUUGAGACUUCCGAACAAACGAGAGUUCUCAAGGAGGAGAAACCCUCAGAGAUGGCACCGCUUUCAGAAAAACAGCCACCGGCACAGGAAGACAUCAAACGUGCGAUCGUUUCCGAAGUUGCACGCCAACGACGGCUCGAAUCACGCCAGAGCUCGAUCGAGGAGUCCCGAGCGGUGGCUGACUUCUACAGUGACAUGGUGCAGCAGAUCGAGAGCUCCAAGAAACCUCGCAAACUCCCGCUAUACAUGAGCCCCGACGAGGUGCGCAAGCUGAAUGAGCGCGAAUACUCACGGAAUUCUUCGCGGGCCGGUUCCCGCGCAGGUUCUCGAUCUCCUUUGCAACUUGAGGAUGCGUAUCUUCAACAUACACGCACCUCACGAUCACCUUCACUGACGACUGACCAUCCGGUAGUCGUGCAGCGUGCCGGAGGCAGACCAGCACGAGAGAGCAAGAUUCUGCGACAGCGAUCAGCAUCGAUCGAAAGCGAUGCGGUCUCAAGACCUCCAUCGGUACUUAAAGACCCUACUGUUCCUGUGCAAGAUGCAGCGAAUGGCCGAAUUGGUAGACCCAUGGAAAAGAAACGGACCACCGAGAUUACUGGUGGUGCUAAUGUUAGAAAUCGUUCGCGAUCAAAUUCAGCCGCCCGUGUUGGGUUGUCCCAAGGAUUGGGGAUUUCAAAAAUCCCUCCAACACCUGCUCCGGCAGCAACUUCCGGUCCGGCUGCAACAUCCGCUCCGGCAGCAACUUCCGGUCCAACACCUGCACGUCCUGUAAACACCAAACAGCCAACCCCGGAACCCCAACCAAGCCCACGAUCAAAACUCUUGCCUGCUUCCGAAUCAAUCGAACCCGUGUUAACCGGGGCAAGCGUACCAGAACAAGGCGCCCUCAAGCCAACCAUCUCCUACAUGACGGAUGUGGCGCUGUUUGCGAUCGCUUGCUGGUUGUAUCUGUUUAAAAACCCCAAGCUGGCGAUCCCGGUUAUUUUGCUUAUUAUGUACCGCCACAUUCGGGAGGCUGUAAAGGACAAGCUGCCGGCGUGGAUGAGACGAACUGAGACGAUCAGCUGAGGUGCUUGCUGCCCUUGGUUAGCAGAAAAUCUUCGUUUAAAGACAUUGUUCGACUGCGCUCGAUAGGCGCUUGAAUAGGCGUUUUUUUACAGCCAGAGCACGUAUUGGGGACCAGCGCCAUGCAGUAGUUGGCGGUUGGUUGCUGGUUCCGACUUCUGCACUGUUUUCUUGAGCGUUCGUUACUGCACCAGUUCACUUGGUGAUUCCUUUUUUAUGAUGUGCUGUGAUGAGCGCUAACACAGAGUACUUCGAAAAAGGUUUGCAUUGCCUCAAAAAAAAAAGAGAGAAAUAGCAGAAUUAUGCACAUUAAAGAGAAACCUAGCACCGUGACAAUGAAGAAACACACAGCCUCACAAACGUCCGAUUGGAUCAACAUCUUCACCACAACACCAGACUGCAUCUCGAUCGAGAGAAAUCUCGUUAGCAAAACGAUAUCUUAUCUAGCUAUCAUCCAUCAUCGCGCUCUGCAUGAAGGAUAGAAACAAGCUGUUGCAAUCGGAUCAUCCGUUGCAAGUCCACCGUAUCUCCGAGAGCAUUUUUAAACGCACUCUUCGAGCCGUACGUCGCGACGAUUAUUUUUGUUACCUCGAAAUGCUGUACUUUCACAUGGUGAGUCAGUUUUUUUUGCGUUCGAAGCUAUUCAACGUACCCAUUUCUGUUUUUGUUUUUGUCAUAUUUUGUUAGUAGAAGAUGCUGUUUUGCAAUACGAAGUCGUUGUUUUUUUAUUCUUUCUCGUAAUAUAUUACUCGAUUCCCACCAGUUAUUGUGUUUCGUGUCGUUGGAUGUGUAUGUAUAUAAGUUUUUCAUAAACGAACCAACAAGAAUCCUAAAAUAAAUGUAUAAGUAUCGU